GGCCGCGCAUUUUAAAGAUGCCGCUGGGGGUUGGCUGAGCAGUUGCGACGCUGCGAUCGGUACUGGCCGCCCGUGGCCAUCGCCACCUCUGGAAACGCCCGCGGUCGGGGAGGCGGGACGAGGGCUACAGAUGCAGAGGCCCCUAGAAGCGGUGUGAAGCGGAGGCGUCUGCACUUGCAGGCGUGCGGCUUGCCAUUGCAGAGAGAGAAGCGCAUGCUCAGAGUGGCUCACACUGACCCGGUGUCUUUCCCUUCCAACAGCAGGAGGGCCAACACCAGAGAAACAGAGAUGGUCCCCCUGACUCCUCCCAAGGCAGGCCGAAGGGAGAAUGAACCUGGUGUGGGCAGAUUCCGAUGAGCUGGGCAGGCUGUGAGGGGCCUUCAAGCAGCCCCCAGGGCCUUGAGAAUGGCACCAAAAACCAAGAAAGGACUAAAAGGCUCCAUCGAUGAUGUCCUGGGUGACCUCCUGGGGGAUGAGGACAUACUUCCUGAGAAGCCUGGAAAACUUGCUUCAAGUGCCACAGACACCACCAGGGUAGCUCCAGCACUCCCUCUCUCAAGGGCCCAGACAAAGUCCCUCCUGAAAGGCGAUUCCUUCGGCCUGGCAGGCGCCGAGGCUGAGGUCUCGGACGUCUCGGAAGCAGACCCGCAGGCUUUGCUCCAGGCCAUGAAGGAUCUGGAUGACAUGGAUGCUGAUCUCUUAGGUCUGCAGAAAUCUGCUCCAGGCGCAAGCAAAAGAGCGGCAAAGGGUUCUGGGAAAGAAGAGCUGCUGAGCAGUCCCAAACCUGCCGGGGACGCCAUUCCCACCAAGAAGUCACCUCCCCUUGGGCACCAGUACAGGAAGUUUUCUUUUGAAGACAUGGAAGACCCGCUGGCAGGACUGCUCUCCGACGAGGGGGAGGAGGAGGACGUGGCCAGGAAGGCGCCUGCGGCCAGGAGUCAACCGGCUUCGGCAAAGAGCCUGCCCCCUGUCCGGGAGCAAGGGCCCUCCGUCCCUCUGACCCCGGGAGACACACCCGUCCGAAAGAAAGAAUCGCUGUUUGAUGACGGGGACGACAUCAUGGCCACGCUGGGGUUUGGAGAUAGCCCCGAAGCAGAGCGGCGGCGGGCGGGAGACCAGGAAGGGCCCCGCCCAGCGCGUUCCAAGUUGGAUGAGCUGCUGGGUCGGGGCACCGUGACCAAGCUUCUGGCCCGCCCGGGCACGGGGGAGCACCGGGAGUUCAAGCUGGACAGGAAGUACCAGAAACCACAGGACAAAGAAGAGGCCGACGAGGACUUCACCUUCGGGGCCUAUCAGCCCACCGUGAGCUCCGCCGAGGGCCGGCAGUCCCGCCGACAGUCAGUCAGGUUCUUAGCAGAAGGUGGUGCAGACCCCAAGGGAGAAGCGGGCUCCAAACAGAGCACUCCAGCAACAUCCAGCCCCCUCCACCCCAGGAAGGGGGGCGCUGACUGGUUGGGCCUCAAGGAUGACGCUUUGGACCUGCUCCCUCCCUCUCCCACCAAAGAAGCUGAAAGAAGAGGCCCAGUGCUGCCCACACCCCCUGUAUCCCACUCUGGGAGCCAGCACUUGCCAUCGGCCCCCAGCGGGCCGCCCCACUCCUCAGGGACAAAACCACCCACCAAGGGCGUGGGGCCCCCUGCCACAGCCAGCCAGGAGCCCAGGCCGGGGGCGCCUGAGGAGAAAGCAGAGGAGGACUGGCUGAGCCACGCCUUGGCACGCAAGAAGGCCCAAGGUCUGGCCAGAGAGCAGCGCCUGGGCUCAGUGGCGGCAGCUGGGCAGCCCCCUUCCAGCAGCCAGCCUGGGGCCGGCGUGCCAGGGCUUGAGCAAGCCUCCGCUGGAGGGACCUCAGAAGCAGCAGCAGGAAAGCCACCUGCCAGGCUUGCCCCUUCAGGGUCCCUCAAGCCUCCGAAGCAGGGUGUCCCGGCCCCCUGUGCGGAUAACACAGAGCAGGGAGCAGUCCCUAGAGACAUCCCCAGCACAGGCUCGCCGGCCCCUUUCAACCUUCCGCUCACCUCUGCUGCUGCUAUCUCAGAGCCUGCCACCUGCCUCCCGAGCACCCAGGAGCCCCCGGGGCCGUCUGUGCCUGUCCAGCCCCUGCUCCCAGAGCCCCUGGCCUGGAGCCUGCUGCCCAGCGCAGGGUACCAGGCGCAGCUCCUGGCUGCCCAGGCACAGCUCCAGAGCGGCACAGCCGAGCUCCAGGUGCAGCUUCUGCAGAGUCAGGCCAGGGUGGCCGAGCUGGAGGCCCAGGUGAGGAAGCUGGAGCUGGAACGGGCCCAUCACCUGCUACUGCUGGAGAGUUUGCAGCAGCGACACCAGGCCGACCUGGAGCUCAUCGAGAAGGCCCACAGAAGCCGCGUCAAGGUGCUGGAAGCGUCUUACCAGCAGCGGGAGGAGCGGCUGCAGAGAGAGAACGAGGAGCUGUCGGCCCAGUACCUGGCGUACCGCCAGGAAGCUGAGCAGGCCCGCAACGAGCUCACAGCCCAGCACCAGCGGCGCCUGGCUGCCGCCACGCAGGAGAAGGACCAGGAGAUGGAGCGGCUCCAGGAGCUGCAGCGGGCCUCCAUCCUGGCGAUGCGCACGGACCACGAGGAGCAGCUGCAGCGGCUGAAGCUGCUGAAGGACCGAGAGAUCGAUGCUGUCACCAGCGCCACCUCCCACACGCGGUCCCUGAAUGGCAUCAUCGAGCAGAUGGAGAAGUUCUCCAGCAGCCUCAGCGUGCUGUCCUCCCGCGUGGAGGCCUCGCACGUCACCACUGCCCAGGAGCGGGAGCUGGGCCUGCGGCAGCGGGAUGAGCAGCUCCGAGCGCUGCAGGAGCGGCUGGGCCAGCAGCAGCGGGACGUGGAGGAGGAGCGGGGCCGGCUGCACGAGGUCAUCGGGAAGAUGGAGGCGCGCCUCAGCGAGCAGAGCCGGCUGCUGGAGCAGGAACGCUGGCGGGUGAACGCUGAGCAGACCAAGGUGGAGUCCACGAAGCGAGCCCUGGAGGAGCAGCGGAAGGUCACAGCCCAGCAGAUGGCCAUGGAGCGGGAGGAGCUGGAGAGGGCCAAGAGUGCCUUGCUGGACGAGCAGAAGGCCGUCAUGCACAAGUGCGGCGAGGAGCGGCGGCACCUGGCGGCCGAGUGGGCCGAGUUCUACGCGCAGCAGAAGCUCAGUAAGGAGCGGGCGGAGCGCGAGGCAGAGCGGGCCAAGCAGGCGGACAGCCAGCGGGAGGGCACCCUCAUCGGCCUGGCCAAGGAGCAGGCCGAGCUCAAGAUCAGAGCAAGCGAGCUCCGCGCCAAAGAGGACCAGCUGGCGGCCGAGAGGGAGGCUCUGGAGCGGGAGCGGCAGGAGCUGCGGCUGGAGAAGGAGCGGGCCAGCGCCACGGCCCAGCGCCUGCGGCUGCGCACUCAGGAGGUGGAGGACAUGAGCCAGGUGGCUUCGGAGAAGUACAAGGAGGGGGAGCAGGCGCUUCAGGAGGCCCGGCAGGUGCGGUCGGAGCAGCAGGCCCAGCUGCAGCUGGUGCAGCAGCAGCAGGAGCAGCUGCGGCAGCAGGAGCAGCACGUGCACCAGGAGCAUCUGAGUCUGGCCCAGCAGAGGAUCCAGCUGGACCGGGCCCGGCAGAGCCUGCCCUUAGGGCCGCUCCCCAAGGCCCAGGGCCUGGCGGCUCCCAGCCUGCAUGCCGCCAUGGCUCCUUCCCUGGCCCCCAGGUGCAGCCAGCCACCUGCCAGCCUGAGCCCCUCGAACCUCUACGCCAAGCUGGUGCUGCUGAAGCACACGGCAGAGCAGGACCGCGACUUCCUGGAGAAUGAGCAGUUCUUCCUGGACACCCUGAAGAAAGCCGCCUACAAUGUGACAUCCCACUCAGCCUGAAGGGCCCCACCUUCCUCGCUGGAGGCCGCACGCCCAAACUCUUCCUCACACCCCUGGCUGCCGACCCUGAGGAGGGGGUGCCCCGCAGAGGACCACCAGGCCUGAUGACAGCUCUUCUGCUGGACAGGGGGUCAGCGCCUUCUUCGCAAGCACCAGGCUGAGACAGACACACCCCGUGCCUCCAGGAGGCGCCCCACAGCACGUCCUGUCCCAAAGACGCUCAGGUGGAUGGUUUGGCACCUUUUUGCCUGAACCUCUUCUGGGGUCCUCCAGAGGGAAGCUCCAGGAGGCCCCCUCCCGCCCCUUCCUGGGAGGCUGAGGCAAUGCCUGGUGCCUUCCCAACAGGGACGCAGGGUCAGCCUUGCGGGGGGCGGGGUCUUGGGGCUCCAGCCCGUUUUACCUGCAGGCCUGACAUGCCCCUCCCCCAGGCCGGCCUGCAGCUGGCUCCCAGCUGCCCACGCAGGGGCACUGAUCUCAGCUCUUCUAAUAGGCUUCCCAGCGGCGGUCGGGGGGCUGUGGAUGUCAGUGGGGUGCGGAGAGCAGUGGGGAGAGCAGGUUUCUCACUCUGCUGGUCCCAGCCAUGAGGCCACAGCUGUGUGGGAGCGAAGGUGACAAAGCCAGAGCCUCUGCCCUGGGCCCAUAGCGUGGGGGAGUCCCAGGGCCCUGCCUACUGCUGCCCCUGCAUCCUCCACCUGUGGCCAGUUGCCAAGGCCAGCUGGAGGGGCUAUCCCCGGGAGACCCAGGGACAGAGGGACUCCACUAAUAAAGCCAGUCACUUGC